CAGCACUCACUCACAGCACUCACUCACUCACAUCACUCACUCACAGCACUGACAGCACUCACAGCACUGAGAGUCUCCACAGUGCAGCACUCACAGCACCGACAGCACUCACUCACACCACUCACUGCACUCACUCACACCACUGCACUCACUGCACUCACUGCACUCACUCACACCACUCACUCACUCACACCACUCACUCACAGCACUGACAGCACUGACAGUCUCCACAGUGCAGCACUCACAACAUCCACAUUAUCCACGGUGCAGCACUGAGCACUCGACAAAUGUUGCCGUAUUUGUUGUUGUUGCUGUUUGCGCUUCGUGCACCACUGUCAGAAUGAGCAGUAGCAGCAGCAAGAAUCCUGAGACGAAGCGCUUCUGAUUGGCUGGGGUACCCGUCGAGCGACGCCCUCCACCCCGCCCUCCCCACGUUCCGCGCGCUGAUUGGCGGAGACAUCCGAGGUGGCGCGCGCGCGCACGGCUUGGAGGUGAUUCGCCCCGCUGCGGAGGAACACAGCGCGCGGAACGAUACACGGACCCGGCGCUCCACCGCCGCUGAGGGACUUUGCGGCCAGCCCCAUGCAGCAGCCUUAACGGGACCCUUCGCCGUCAUGCUCAAAUGCGUGAAGCUCCACCGACGUCGCGUCUCGUCGGCCGCUGCCUUCGCUCCGCUCCGCUCGCGACACGACAUGCGCUCGUCCGCUCGCGGCGUCACGCGGGGCAGGGACCCCGCUCUCUGCAGCGAUGCGGAGGAGCUGUUCCGGAGCGCCGUGUCGGCGGUGCUGCCGCUGGGCAUGGUGCGGCGCAGCUUGCGCGUGGAGGGGGGCGACACGCUGAGCGCCGGCGGGCGCCGCUUCCCGCUGCGGCGCAACGUGACGGUGGUGGGCUUCGGCAAGGCGGCGCUGGGCAUGGGCCGCGCUGCGGAGGAGCUGCUGGGCCGCCACGUCGUGCGGGGUGCGCUCAGCGUUCCAGUGGGGGCGCAGGAGAGCCUUCGCCAGGCCGGCAAAACAGAGAUGCUUCUGCAGCCAGACACCAAGCUGAGGGUGUUCGAAGGGGCCCUCAAUAACCUGCCCGACGAGGGGUCGCUGGAAGCUGCCCGCUACAUCCAGCGGCUCGUGGAACCCCUGAGACCGAGCGACCUCCUCCUCAUUCUCAUCUCAGGGGGUGGCUCCGCCCUGCUGCCCGCGCCGGUGCCCCCCGUGAGUCUGCAGGAGAAGCAGGAGGUGACGCGGCUCCUGGCCACGCGGGGCGCGGCCAUCGGCGAGCUCAACGCGGUGCGCCGCGGCCUCUCGCUGCUCAAGGGCGGCGGCCUUGCCCGCCUGGCACGACCCGCACAGGUCGUCACGCUGAUCCUGUCGGACGUGGUGGGGGAUCCACUGGAAGCGAUCGCGAGCGGCCCAACGGUGCGCAACCCCACGACCCCGUCGGACUGCCUGGACGUGCUCGGCCGCUACGAGCUGCUGGGCCGCGUCGCGCCCUCCGUGUUGCACCACCUCUCCCACCUGCCGUCGCCCCGCUCUGACGACGACGACGACCUCUCGCACGUCCUCAACCUCGUCGUGGGCUCCAGUGGGCUGGCGCUCGAGGAGGCGUGCGCCCACGCCGCUCGGCUGGGCUACGAGCCGCUGGCGCUGUCCCGCUCGGUCACGGGCGACGUGGCGGACGCCGCCGAGUUCUACUCCCGGCUCAUCGCGUACGCGUGCCGUCGCCUACGCUCGCGCGGAGGCCCGACGGGCGGAGGGGAUGCGGAGGGGGCGGAGGACGAGGUCGACGAGGUUGAGGAGGUGGAGGAGGCGGAGCGUCUAAAGGAGGCGGCGACGCGAUGUGGCGUGGGUGACCUGUCGAUGGAGGCGCUGGCUGACACGGUGGCGAUUGCUGCGCGCCGCCGGGGAGGGCGCCUGUGCGUGGCAUGCGGGGGGGAGACGACCGUGAGCGUCAGGGGCGAUGGCCGGGGCGGGCGCAAUCAGGAGCUGGCGCUGCGCGUGGCUCGGAGGCUUGGGGGCUUGAGACAAACCCAGCCCAUACAGUCCCCUCUUGGGCCCGGUGCCGCACCGAGCGACGUCGGCGACGCCGGCGACACCGUGGACGCGACGCGCGGCUGCUCCGCCGUGUUCCUGAGCGCCGGCACGGAUGGCCAAGACGGCCCCACGCCGGCGGCCGGGGCGCUGGCUUGGCCCUCGCUCGUCGCGGAGGCGCGCGCGGCCGGGGCGGACGUGGAGAACGCCCUGCGGCGCAACGACUCGUUUGGGUUCUACUCGGCGCUGGGCGAGGGCCUCGUCGUCACGGGGCUCACGGGUACCAACGUCAUGGACGUGCAGCUCGUGUUGGUGCGGCCGCGGCAGCCGUAGGGGCAACGGUGGCGGGGGGCGGGCAGCACGGGCGGAGAAGGGACACGGGCAGUGAGGGAGAGGGAACAAGCAGUCGUCGACAGAUGGAAGUAGGGAGGGGAGUAGCGGGGACUGAAGCAGAAGUCGCGAGAGAAGUGUAACUUUGAGUUGUUAUAACGCUCUGAACCCCGUGCCCCUACUGGACAUCUGUGAAAAAGAGCUUCAUAGUCGGAUUCCUCCAGUAUGAAUACAGAUCCUGAUUCUGAAUAGAGAGAUGAAUAGAGAGAGAGAGAGAGAAGAGUGAAGAGAGGACCAGUUGAGAGUAGUAGUAGUAGAGUGAGAGACAGGGAGACGAGCAGUAAGGAAUCGUCACGAGCAGUGGAGGUCAGAAAAAAACAGCUACUGGGGUGAGGGGCAGGAGCGUGAAAGGGACACAAGCUGUAGAGGAAGGAACACGAGGAGCAGAGGGGGGGCUGGCCGAGCGAGCGGUAGAAGGGGGUCCAUCACACCGGUGCUCGAGGAGGAGAGAGAGGGGCGGCUUCGUCUGUGGCUUAAUUUUUUUUUUUGUAAAUUGAAUCUUGCUCGACUUUUAUCUCUGUUCAAAAUGACCACGAAUCGUUACGAUUAGGUGGUUGAGGGGUUCCUAACGGCGGACUCUUGAGGACCGAACCAGUACCGCCGCCAGUCCCCGAUUCGGGCCCAUGGAUUGAUUACACUGGGCUCUCAGUUUCAGGAGGAGAUGAUCUCAGACUCGUCACAACGUGGCCGUAGCACUUUGAUCUAUAAAGAUGGAGAAUCAUUGUAUAUCCUUGAGUGUUUCAUCAAGGUUAAAUCUUGACUUAAAGCUUUCGUGACCGCAGGAAUUCAUAUUCUUGGGUCUUUCUGUAAAGUCACGUAAAUAGGUUCAAAGAAAAAAAAAACGAACGCUUGUGUUGCGAUCGAAACGUCGUAGUUUUUUCGUUAUUUUUUUUGUUAUUUUCUUUGAACCUAUCUACGUGACUUCACCGAAAGACCCAAGAAUAUUUCAUCAAGGUGUUUUUGCUUCACGCCUCGAUGCCAUCGGUGCUAUCCGAAUGUAAUUUAUGACAAUAGAAAACGGUGGAAUAAAAUUUUUUUUCUGACGAGAGA